GGCAGUUUAUCAAUCAUGAGAUUCAAAAGCGUGGUACUUGGAAUACUUCGACUACUAAUGCGUGGCUCAUUGGUUUGGAGAAGAAAGACGGGGUUUGGAUAUGGAAGAGUGGAGAACAGCUGAAUAUUUCGAAAUGGCGAGAUUCUGAACCAAAUGUGAACGACGAAAGGGCGGAAAUAUCCAUGAAUGGGAGCCUCUUUAAUGGUAUCUCUCGGAAUGAUGAAGGAGAUGCCUACAUUUGCGAGAUGCCCGGAGGUAAGAUCACAUUCCAACCAUAAAGCAUAUAAUGUGCUGAAAUAUUAGCAGUCUUGCACUUGUGUCAUGAAAAUUGCUCUUGCUUCUUAAAAGUAAAAAAACAUUGUUCACAGAAUAUACUCAGCCCACCUAACUUGUACGUGUGAGCGAUGAAUGAACUUUUAGACGCGCAUAAGUAGUUGAACACACUGCCCGUGAAAUUUUCCGUGUAUGCAUGUUGUUUUGAACAUAACACAUCGAAGUACUUUUAUUUUUGUGUGUCCGGGUGUGUGUUUCUUGUACAAGUCAGUGAUCAAUAUAUUAUUCACCGGCUGGAAGGUCUGUAUUAGGUAACACUGUGCCCAAGGUCUUGAGCACAUGUAGUUCAGAUAAAUUGCACAGUUUUUCCCAAUACGGACCAACCUAGGCUGGUGAAUAACAGUUUUUUUUUCUUGAAAUCGACGAAAUGUUUUCCAUAAGAGCCCUAAUGCUCGUUUGUUUGCUGCAAUCGCGAGUGCAACUCUGGUCUUUCAUCAAAAAUCUAAUUUUAAAUUUAGCUUUUUUCUCGUUGAAUUCCUCUGUUUACUGUUUACGAAAUUUACGGUACCAAUGUCCGGAUUGAACGGACUUCUAAAGACUUACCGAAAGCGUAUUUGAAGUAUAGAAGACCUUGCUCACUGUUCUCCAAGGAACAAAUUGUUUGAGAGAAUUCAGAUACAUAAUGAAUGAAAUUACCAUUGAUGAAUUCAAUUGUAAAGAAAUACCUCACGUUUUAACUUUCUGAGUUACUUCUAGAAAGGUUUAGAUUAAUUACAAGCGGCUUUUAGGCCGUGCGUUAACCCAUCUAAUGACAUAUUUGCUACCAAUAUUCAUCUCAAAACCAAUUUUUUUUGCAGGCAAACAAAGUGAUCUGAGAGAGAGAAAGAGAGAAUGAAUAAGUUACCAAUCGGCUUGAUUUGCUCUAAAACGAUUUGCUUAAAAAUACUGUCCAGCCGGCAAAACGAAAUACAUUUAUGAAAAAUGGCAAUAAAGCUAGAGAUGCAAUCGGCAGCUCGCUCAAGCGAUACCCUGCCCGUGGGCAGAGAUAGGAAAAACCCGGACCGCAUUAAGUACCAAUAAGAUUCCAGGAUCCGUUACCGUAUCCUCUGAGAAAAACAAAUAAUAAAUGCAGUUCUUUCGAGAAAGGUUAUCGGAAAAAAAAGCGUGUCGGAAGUGUAAGCGAUAGCCUGAAAGGUAUUGCUGGUAGCUCUUAGGUCAUGGUUAGACUUGACCUCAGGAAUUCAGGGAAAUCUAGGAAAUGUCACUUUAAGGAGGAGGCAUCACGGGUUUGAACAACCUAUUUUAAUUGCAAGACUGACUUUAAAUUCUAAACUGCAUGAGCUAACCCUAAUUAAUUUAUCUUUAAUUUUUAUGUCCCUAUUGAUUAUCGUUCCCCAGAUAAUCUUUUGAGGUUGUCGCCUGCACUUUAAAGUUUUGCUCUUUGCCGGUAACAACUGUAUACGGUUAAAUGCGUAUCUCCAGUUGCACAUUUAUGGGAACCUACAUUCACAUUUAAUUUUACGUUUUUAAGUCUGAUUAGAUAGAGGAGGAAGAGUAGGGGCGGAGGAGGGGAAGGUGUCAGCUCAACGAGGAACUAAUUAAUAUUCAAAAACUUGACCACCAAAAUUACAUGAAUUCACAAAUAAUCUUAGCUGAUGUGAAGUUAACUAAUCCACAAAAGCAGAUCAGGGUGGCGGACGCCGUAGUGAAGAAAGAUGUAUUGUAUUGAUUGACACUGAGCAAACAAAACCAUAUGAUGUAAAAAAAAAAAGAAAAAGGAAUUAAUUGGGGAAUGAGUCACGUUUUCUUUCUCAUUCAUUUUUUCUUUAUUGUGAUUUUGAUUAUAAUCUUUUUAUGUUAUCAUUGUUAUUAAAAUUAUCACUUUGUUUAUGGUCAUUAGGAUAAUUGGUAUUUUUGUUUUCAUCUUCAUCAUCAUGUAGAAUGCCCAAAUAUAACUUUCAAAAACUCUUGGUACGUAAUUUCGGUGGAUGGAGAGUCCUGGUAUUGGGGCAGACACACUUGCUCAAGUCUAGGAGGGGACCUAGUUUCCUUUGAAACCCAAGAAGAAUGGAGUUUAAUUAAUGACGAAAUUCAAAGGCGAAAUACUACAAACUAUGAAAAUAAAUGGAGGAUUGGUUUAAAAAAAAGGGCCAGGAAUUGGACCUGGGUGAGUGGAAGACCGCUGACUAUUUCCAAAUGGGGACAAGGGGAGCCAAGUGGUGAACAAGACGCGGCUUUCAUGUACAAGAGGUUCCGUAAUGGCGAACGGGGCGUGUUUCGAACUUAUAAUAAUGAAAGUUGGAAAAAACAGCACGCUUAUGUUUGUGAGAUCCCCAAGGGUGAGUUGAUAUGUUGUUGUUGUUGUUUUUGUUUUUAUUUUUUUAUGUUAUUUGAGUAAAACUCAAAGGCACUAGAAGCACUUAAGGGCGAUAUAAAACAUUAUUUGCUUACGUUCGUGGUAUUCUCGAGAGAAAUUAUAAAAACCUCACACAGUCAAAAUCAAGUUUACACUUACCUUUGCGUAAAUUGAAAUAUUUUUGAAACAAUCUCAAUGAACGUUUUCACGAUAUACAUGUCUAACUUUAACCUUGUGAACAGGGAAAGUUACAGAUGGUUCUGUUACAAUCACUUUUACGAAUAACAACAGUUCUGAAACUGAUGGUGAAUACCAAUUGCAAAGAAUUAUCAGUUCAAUUGCUUUGUUAGAUGAUAGCGCGUGAUGAUGUUAAGAGCGUUAUCUUUUUGUGAAGAGUUUAUGACUCAUAUCGGUUAAGAACCAUGCCAAUUAUCGUUUUCUAAAACAAAUACAACAGACUUGCAGACUUAUUUGUUCUUCGCAUAAGGGAAUCAAUUUUAAGUUUACUGGAUUCUAUUUUAAUAUCUGAUCGUUUGAACUGUAAAGUUGUAGGGGCUAAUUUCAAUGCAAUGCAAAAUGUGCAGUGAACAUAAUAAACUGACCAUCGUGCAUCUAAUCCGAAUAUGGCGGACAUUUCGAUCGACUUAGCAACCACUACUCUGUAACGAGGUUAGUAAGGAUUACCUCAGUUCUCAUAUAUCCUCAGAGGGCGUAGAUACACUUUCUUGUCUAAAAGAUAGUCAAUUAAAAAUUGGUUCAUACAUCAGCGUGUGUUCAUCGAGAUUUAUAAAAUAAUUCAAAUAGUGCGCGCGCUCUGAUUAGCCAUAAAACCAUUUUACAUGAGCGUGUAUAAACACGGUUUUCGUUCCUCUUUCAUUAGAUAUUUUAUAAAAGAAAUGCAGAAGAAAUGUAAAAUGGUUUCCGUGUUUACAUAGUCUCCCAACCUCCCGCGUGUUUACAUCAGGUUAUGUAAACAUGGAAAGCAUUUUACAUUUCUUCAAUGUAGCACGCGAGAAGUUUGGAGAGCACGAAAGAUGCGUAAGAGUUACUCGAGGCGUAGCCGAGAGCAACUCUAGCUUCUUGAUUGGAAAAUGUUUUUCUCGAGGGAUUUGUUUGCUGACGUCAUGAGCGCGCACAAUGGGAAUAUGAAGCCACUCGCGCAAUUGAAUUUGAUUACACAAAUUUACUGGCUAUGUUAUAAUACUGAGUUGGAAUAUAAUUGAUGAUCUGCGCACCGAAAAGAUAUACAUAGGCAUGCGUAGAUGAGAUGGGACACUUUGGAUUCUUAACGCUUUCAGUCUUGAAACAGGAAAAGAGCAAAACUUUUCAAGUAACCAGAAUUGUGUGGAGAAUUCAUUAUCAGUAGCAUCUAGUCCCAUGUGAUAUUUUUUCAGUGGUGUUGGAUAAUGCGCUUCGAAUAGGUGAUAAAAGGCAGGUUGUUUCCAAAGAAACGACACGUGGAAUAUUAUUCAAGUAAGAAAACGCGGAACAGGAUAUUGAAAUAUUGUGUAACAGCUUUUUCAGCUAUUAGGGAAAAGUCUACAGAAUAUGUUUCAUUCUCUAGUAUUUUGGUGUGUAGUUUUCGAAAAACAUCCUACAGCCCUAUCUAAGCAAUAAUCACACAAGACGUCUGCCACAGACGAAUAAAAUGCUAAAGAAGCUUUCUGUAUAACUAAUAAAAAAUCGAGUGCGUUUAAGAGUUUUGAACGUUAUUAGCGGCCAUUUUGUUACUCCCCUUUCCGUCCGCAGUUUUGCCCUCGCAGUGUAAUAGUAAGGCAACUUUUUUGUAUGAUGCGGUCUUGAUUAACAUUUUUCUUUCAAGAUUCCUCAAUAUCUUCAGUAACUUCGUCGACUUUACUAUCACCCAGAAUAGACCUUGCAACCUCACCAUCACCAUCAGCAUCGCCAUCGUCGUCCCUGUCGCCGUCGCCACGACCAUCGCCCUCGUCAUCGCCAUUCCCGUCGCCAUCGCCGUCGCCGUCGCCGUCGCCGUCUCAAUCGCCAUCGCCAUCGCCAUCACCAGUUGAACAGCUAGUAUGUUCUCUAAAUAGUCAUUUACCGUUUUUAUGCAUGUCGUUUUUCAAGAUCUCUUCUGUUUACAAACGUGAGAGAUAAUAUUUUUAAUUUUAGGCAAAGGAGUAUGUAUCAAAAUUUGGCGGAAUAAAUAUUACCAGAAGGACUUCCUUACAGGUAUCUAAUUCUAUAUGACUUAAAGGCUUUUUAACUUUGGUAUAUGUUUUUAAACGAUAAAAAAGUAAAUACCUGACCUUUAAGGAUAAACCACCAUUAAGCCAUAUGAAGUAAAAAUGGUGAAGCUUAAAAAAUAAUCCAGGCCCCCAAAAGAGUUCUCUGGCCACUGAAUACCCUGGACACCAUUUGGAUCCUUAGUAUGAAUUGUAAAUACAGUAUGAGACUGCCUGUUUAAUGACCUGGAAAUCUUUUACGUAAUUGUAGGAGGCUGUUGCUGUGUUUGAAGAUUUCACCUUAAAAAUCAAGAACGUCACAAAAGACAAGGCCGGCAUAGAAGAGGUUAAAACACUGAAAACAUCCAUCUUUGAGGUGGCAGAGGCCGUCGAGAAAUUUGCUCUUAAUUACGGCAACCGACACCUGAGAGAAAUGAGGCUUUCAGAAAGGAUCGUUUCCCCCAAAAUGGGUGAGUUUGCGGCCUUCAAUCCUGUUUAGUUUCAAAGUCUAUUCCUCUGUUACUUACUAACUUGCUGACUGUCCCACUGAGUUGUCUAAUUUCCUAUGGCAUGAUGUAAGAACUCAGCUAUUAACCCAACUUAUCAGAAAUGUUAUUGUUGGAUGUCAUCGAUUCAUCUGUUUAUUUUUUUUUUUUCAAUUUGUUUGAUACUUUGAUUUGUCGCGGUGGAGAAGGAAAUUGAACGUUCUCUUAAACAAUCAACAAGAGAGAAUAGGAAUCCUUCAAAUUGUGAAAACGUUCUUCUCGAUCUGUUUAUUGAAAGUUUUCUUAAAUAAUAGAUUGGUGAGUAACACUUUACUAACUAAAAUUGUCAAAUCUUAGAAAUACUUUCCGCUUACUUAAUACCGUACACUGAGCUCAAAAUUGGCCAAUCGUCUGCGAUGCACAUAAAUGCAAGGUUUUUAACCGUACUCGUAAAAAUUUCCUAAUGAACUCUAUAGUUCUCUAACGAAACGGUUCGAGGAACGAAUUGAGUUUUCACAAUUUUAGUCCGUGCAGUACUACGCACUUUUUCAUCAGUUUUACAUUGAAAAAACGUUGUAAAAUGGUUGAAUUCGUCGAAUAGUCGUUGAAGGGCAAAUAGGAUACAAACAAUACACUUCCAUCCAAUAAGAUUAUGAAAUAUUUGUGAGCACCGCAAAACGCAUGUUUGUGUAGGUGUGCUAUUGCAAAUUUCACCGUAGGUGCUUUUAUUUGUCAUUUUUUCUCUCCGACAGUUUUGGUCAUUCAAAAAGCCUAUCACUUGAAUGCAAGUGGCUUCGACUUUGAGGAACAACAAUGGCGAGCGAGAAUCGAUAUCGCUUCUUCAAAUUUUGAGGAAAAUGGUUCGUAUUAACUACUGUGGUAACUUUACAACUUUUAGUAUUACCUUGGUUUCUCCGAUAGAAAUUUCUUUAUUGAAAUAAAGCUUCAUGUAAAGGCACUUCCUUAGGUUACAUAGUCUAACUUCUUUAAUCAUUCGCCUUCCCUAAAAUGUCACAUACCUUAGAGCCUGAUAAACAUUUCAAUAUUGUUCUUUUUUGUUGUUGUUUAAAAACAUUUUCUGUUGAUUCUUGGGGCGUUUAAAGGAUCAAUGGUAGCUGCGUUUGUGUACAAGGAUCUGCAUGACCUACUUCUGAUAGAUCAAGCCAUAAGGAGUGAAACAGACAACCAAAGGUGACGUUAUUUUCAUAUUACUCCAUGUCGUUUACCUCUAAAAACACACAACAGGGAAACACAUAAGAUCUAAGUUCAACUUAACUGAACUGACACAAUUUCCAAAACCCUAACUAGAGUUGGAAAACUCCCUGCUUGUCUCUGACCAUUCCACCUUCAUGAAAAAUUGGCUAAUUGAAUCUACCAAAAAUAUGUAAUAUUGCUUCCGUGGUUCUGGUCCAUUUUUAAAUACAAUUUCUUCAUAGGUAUAUCAACUCCAGGAUAAUGGCCGUAACUAUGGACCCCAAGCCAGAGAAAUUGCGAGAAAAUGUCAUCCUAAACUUCAAAAACCUAAAGGUAACAUGAAAAUUAGCUGCUAUGCGUUUUUUUUUGAUUUAUUCUGACGAGAUAAAAUCUAUUUUCAGGUCUUGACAGCAGAGAAGCGCUGUAUGUUUUGGAGUAGCCGCAGCAAAAGGUAAAAAAACUACAAUAUAUUAUUGCAUAGUAUUUAUUCCUUCUUAAAUUAAAUUGAGUAUGUAGGACAAUGAAUGAACUUUCUCAGAUGUUUUUGCGCAGAUUAACACUUUCCUGGAAGCCAACAUGUUGUCGUUUUUAGAGAAUGGAAGUCUGAUUGAAAUGUUCUCGCAAAUAUAACUACAGUGGAAGAAAAUCUUAGCGCAAAAUUCUCAAACAUCACCUUUUACCCAAACGAUGAAUAAUUUUUUAACUUUACUCUUUUUUCAUGUGUGACAGCUUUUCAGAGGAAGGUUGUCAUGUAGUUACAUCAAAAAGUAACUCAGAAGAAACAGUUUGCAGAUGCAAUCAUUUGACGCAUUUUGCCGUCUUACUGGACUACGACGGUAGCACAAAAGGUAAUAAAGUUAUUUUUGCCUUACUUAAUAGUUUUAUGGGCUCAAUUUACUAACUCAAUGUUGUCCUUCAAUUUUUUUUUUUUCUUGACACAGCUCACUGAGGAGGACGAAAGAAUUCUGAAAAUUAUCACCUACCAUGGACUGAGCCUUUCCAUUAUCGGGAUACUUUUAACAUUAAUACUUUAUUCUUGCCUCACGUAAGCAAUGCACUCGAUUAAUAAUGAGGUAGAUUCUUAACUCCCUCAACAAGGCUGGUGAUAAAAGAGAUCUCAAUGUCAGUCUCCAUGCAAACAAGAACAGUCAUGUCGGAUAAUUCACAAACUCAAGCUACAUUUCAUGCCCCAUCACGAACUUUUGAACAAACUAAUGGUUUCUUUUUAUGAAUUUUUAGGCUUUAGACAUUUUCUUCGCAAUAUUUUUUUUUUUUCCUCUCUGGAGCUAUUUACUGACUUUCUUCUUUCCUUCGCUGUCAAGAUUUAGUUAAUUUUUGCCAUUUUUUUUCCUGUGUGUUGUUGCUUUUGUCUCAUUCAUUCUUCUUGUUUUUAAUAUUAUUUUACCAGAGAUGUUCGUAAACCUCUCUCUCAAAUUCGACUGAGUGUUUCUAUUUCCCUUGGAGCUGGACAGAUCAUCUUCCUCGCUGGAAUAAACGCCACAGAAAACAAAGUCAGUAGCCUCUCCUUCUAUCCAUAGAAUGAGUUUACUCUUUGCACCGUAAAUAUCUUGUCGAAAGAAGCACGUUAAGAAUUAUACGAAAACUCGUCCUUUCCACAGGCUGCCUGUGUUACAAUAGCAGCUCUGAUGCAGUAUUUCUUUAUGGCCGCUUUCUGUUGGAUGCUGAUCGAGGGAAUUUAUCUCUACUUCUUCGUCGUGAAAGUUUACAACAUUAACACCAAAAUGUACAUGUAUCACGUCAUCUCGUGGGGUAAGUUUAUUAUUUUAAAACAUGCACUGGUAACUGUAACCAUGCUUUCGGAUCGCCAAAUCUGGUGUUUUCAUGCAGUAAAAUGUUUUGAUUUCCUUUCUUUCUUUAUGGGUAGGUCUUCCAGUGAUCAUGAUGGCCAUUUCACUUGGCAUCAAUGCUGGAAAAGAAGGGUUACAAAGCUAUACGAGUGAUAAAUAGUGAGAGAAAAAUUCAAGGGUUUCUUCUUGCUCUUCUCCUUUUAAUUCGUUGCAUUUAAUUCUUUGUUUUGUUUUUGGAUAUAGUUUGAAAUAGGUAUCAUUUUAUUUUCUGACAAUUUGUGUUUCUUUCUUGUGUUUCACUUCCUCGAGUUUAGUUGCUGGCUUUCCUCAACUAACAACCUGAUCUGGAUAUUCGUCGCCUUUGUGGCUUUUAUUGAAGUUGUGAGUUAAUGAUUAGUGUUAGUGAUUGUGAUCGGUAUACCUGGACUAAUUGCUGCUAAAGAUUUUUUCCUCUGCUCUUUAAAACGAAUUAAGUAUUUAUGAUAUGACCCAAUACAAUAAAUAUCAUUUUCUUUUCCCUAUUUACUCACAAAAAGCUUUGAACGUAGCCGCUGUUUGCGGGGAUGCUGGUCAAUUUUAACCUACUGAUGGUCUUCAAUAGCGAGAAAAACCUGUGGAGACAAUGUCCUAACAGGCAUAAGAUAGCUUCAUAAAUUCUCCAACUUUUACUACACAGUAUGAAAAAAAAACUUCUCCCCCUUCCUUCAACACAAAAAUAACUCAUGAAAAAAAAAAAAAAUAACACACAAAAAAAAAAUGAAAAAUGUGAAAGGAGCAGGAAGAGUAGGAUAUAUUAUGUAAUUUCUAUAAUUUAACAUAAGGCUUUACUUGGCGUGGUUCUUUCAGUUUAGACACUUUUUUGCGCGAUUUCUUUUGCUCAUUGGCAGAGAUCGAAGCUCCUAAUCCUGGUCCCCCUGUUGGGAGCUCUAUUCCCUGUAAAUUACUCUUCAUCCCACGCUUGUUACCGAAUUAGUAACUUCCUUGGCAAAGAUCCUCCCAUGCCUUGGCUAUUCGACAUCCAUAUCUAAAUAAUCGCUUUUUUUUGGUAUAUUUUAGCUCAACAUUUUGAUACUCCUACGUGUAAUAAGGGAGAUGACCAAUCUGUUGCAGCCAACAGGGGGAGACCACCAUUUUCAGCAAAUACGGUGAGAAUCACAGCAUAAAACUAAAAAAAAUAGUGGAAGACAUUGCCAUGCCCUCCUGUGGGGCUACAUUUGCCUAGCUUUCUCAUUCCUUAAUCAGUAAGGCAUCAACAUAAAAAUUCAUUGUCAAAGGAAAGUAAAAGAAUGUUUUUUUCUAACUCCUAGUCUUGGCAUCAAAACAUGCGUGGUGAUGAUUCCCCAGCUGGGUGUCAUGUGGCUAUUCGGUCUCCUCUCGCCUGUACAUAAAGCUUUCGCUUACAUCUUCGCCAUACUUAACUCUACUCAGGUCAGUAUUCAAUGGUAACUGUAAAAAGACAUUAAUCUCUAUUAUUUAUUUUACUUUCUGACCAAGUGAGACACCAUUAGAAUGGUCAGAUUACAUUUCUUUGGAAUUUUUAAAACAAAAAGGUGUCAACUAUGCAAGAGAAGACAGACUUCUUUUUCAAUUAUAAGAUGUGCAAUUUUCCUUCCUUCUUGGAAAUCUUAAUAGAUAGUUGACUAAUUUGUUUGCAAAUUGUAAAAUUAAUGAUCUUGAAAUCAUUUUUAUGCUGCAGGGUUUCCUGAUUUUCGCUCUACACUGUAUGCGAAACACUCAGGUAAGAAAAAACAUUGAACUGAUUAUUAACUUUAUAUCAUCAAGUUUUAGUGUUUCAAUAAAUAUUCGAGUGCUAAGAACCAUAUUUCGUGUUGCUCGUCUAUCUGCAGAUCAGAGAGCGAUUCAAAAGAAAGAUGAACAUCGUUUUUCCAUCUUCUAUAAAGGACAACUCCACAAGGAAGAGCCCACAGGUCAAUCCAAAUGAGGUUGGGAAUGUAUGGGCAAUUUAAUUGCAGUCAUGUGCUGAAUUUGAAUCGAAAUUGUACUUAAGUUAAAUAACUUGAUUCAGCCAAUCGGAAAUAACAACCAAAUACUUAGAACAAUCACUUAGUUAACAGCAAUAAGUCGCUUACGAUCGGUCUGAGUUACGAUCUGCAGGUAAAUAGAGGUCUGUGUCUGCAUUAUUGUUAAGCAUUCAACUUGAUGUCUUUGUAACCUAUCAUUUUUAUGAUAAUAAGUUUAUUUUCUAGGCGAUCGUAUAUUUGCAGGCAAGAAUCAUCGAAAUAAACCAAUCUAUAAAUUUAAAUUCCUAAUGGCUCCGCAUGCUGAUGACUGCUUUGUUUCACUUACUUAGUUUAUAAACUUCUUAUCAAACACUGUUAUUACUUUUAACUAUAAGCUAUGGAUAGUCACUGAAAUUAUCAGUUUCUAGAAAUUUCUAGAAUACGUAGUCAUGCUGACAUGCAUACAAAGGAACUUUCUGCAAUAUUUUAUUAGGUUGCCUAGCUAUGGUGUAACACCACCAAAAUGGUUGUUGUAAGCUUCUGGAAUUAUCUGGAACACUUUGUACAAAGGACUCAAUCGUGCAGCAGCAGUAGUUGUUGUUGUCGGUAGUGACUGAUUUUUCAGAGAGUUCUAAUGAAAGAGAGCUACUGAGGAAGAUUGUUAAUUUCGAGGAACUUGGGAGACAACUGUGAGAUUGUGUCAGUGGUGAGCUAAGAUGUAAUUUGUAGUGGGCUUAAAUAAGUUUAUUUAGCAUAAAAGUGUACUUCCUUUUAGAGUCGCUCCUUCGUAAGAAUAUUAAAGUUGUUUAAUAGUGUUCUUUCUGUUGGUUAAAUUGUACCGUAACAAAAAAAUGCCCAUAGUAGCAGCAGCUAAAGUUGACGUUCAAAGCCAUAUCAUGGUUCAACCAGGAAAAUGACACCGACAUUACACUUUCAAAUAAACAAAUAACUUUUAACGACAUCCCCCGUUUAACUCACCGAACCGAUUUCCCAAGACACAGACUACACCUUUUCAUUAUUAUUCUAAUUAUUCUAAUUAUUCUAAUUAUUCUAAUUAUUCUAAUUAUUCUAAUUAUUCUAAUCAAAUCUAAUUAAUCUAAUUAAUCUAAUUAUUCAUUUACCCUUGAAAAUGUUUCGACAAGAAACCAAACAUGCAGGAAUUUAAAGAAGCUCAUCCCUAAUUCACAGAUUUUCCCGCCAAGCCUUUUUUUCCUGAUUUAACCAGCCAAUUUAAACAGACACACUAAAUCAAAGCCCAAAAUCUUAUCUUUUCUUUCUACCAACACUGUCUCUAAAUUUACUUUGUUGUGUUCGUAGAAGGUAAUUAAGGUGCCGUUUCGUAAAGUACUUAAGUAAUUAUAGGUAGGCAAGUGAGCUUAAUUAGCGAAUUGCGAGUUUUGUAUCGUAAUGUAUUGUAAGUCAUGUUCUGUUUAGUAACGUUAUGUAAGUAACAUGACGCUGUAAGUGACUGUUAUUAAGUGACUGUUAGUAUAAGUAAGAAAUAAGUAAAAGUGACCAAUCCAAUAAGUACAGUAAUGUAAUAAGUAGAGUGAUGUUGAGUAAUGUAAGUAGAGU